AUGGAAGCUUCAUCGCCUGUGGCGGCUCUGCACCGCCCAAUGCCUGCUCCUGCAUGGGGAGGCAGAGACAUCUUCCGUUCUCACUACAAGAACAAAUCUGCUUCGGGCUCUCUGAGCCUUCGCGAGCAGCUGCAUAAGGGCACGGGAGACCUCUUCGACAUCAAGGGCGUCCGGGGAUCGUCUCCUGCUGCGAGCCUGGCGGCUGAUUUGUCCCAGAACUUGGAGAUUGAUCAUGAGGCCAGUCCCAAGCUCCUGACGCCACGACGAGCACUCUUCACGGCAAAGGUUGUCGACGGCGUGAGCAGCACAGACUUUGUGGCUACUACUCCUCAGGUAGCAUCCUCGCCCAUCCCGGCUCCCGAUCACAUCGAAUCGUCCCCUCUCCCCCACAAGGUGAAGUUCAGCAACAUCGUGGAGAUUGCGUCGCCCACGCCAGCUUCUUUAGUGUUCAACGAUGCCACCAUGCUUGACUCUCCGGCCCCGAUUUCUCGCCAGUCCUCUCCGGAGUCGGUGAGGCGCGUACGCCAGGCGAUAGCAGCCCCGAGGCGGAUGACUUCUGGCCGGUUGAAGGCACUUUCCGGCAGUGGUCUUUCUAGCCCUCAAACCUCAUCACUUCAGUUUGGAGCCGAUACCUCGACCCUUUCGCUCGAUGAGUGCUUCGAGUCCGCUUCUCCCGAACAAGACCGCAGCAGCAGCAGCAGCAGCAGGCCAUCAUUGUCCAACAGCCCAUGCCCAUCUAUUCCCAUUGGUCUCCGUGCGAGGUCUCAAUUCGCAAGUGUCGUCGCAGGGAACAGUCGCCAUGGCUCGCCGGGUGGCCUUCAUACUAGGAGACAGUCGAACCCGUUUUUGAGAACCCGAAAGCAAUUCCGUCGCUCUCUGAGCAUGUUUGAAAGCCCUUCGGACGUCAUGAAGCCGAAGCCCGAGGGAGCGCUUGCCGCUUCGCCCGUCCUCAAGUCCUCCGUGGCUGAUAUUGAAGAGGCCCACGAGCCCAUCAUCCCUCAUUUCCUCGCAGAUGAUCCCACGGAUACCAUCCCUCGAAUCACCAAGGAGACGAUGCUGGCCAUCUUGGACGGCAAGUACAGCGACAAGUUUGCUCAACGCAUGGUCAUCGACUGUCGAUUCGAGUACGAGUAUGAAGGCGGCCACAUCGAUAGCGCUGUCAAUCACAACAACAAGGAGCUGUUGGCUAACCAGCUUUUCGAAACCCCGAUGGACGGCUUGACUCUACUAAUCUUCCACUGCGAAUACUCGGCCCACAGAGCCCCCCUCAUGGCGCGUCACAUUCGCUCUCACGACCGCACCAUCAACGCAGAGCACUACCCUCGCCUGACCUAUCCAGAGAUUUAUAUUCUGGACGGGGGCUACAGCGGCUUCUUCGCCGAGCAUCGUUCGAGAUGCUUCCCCCCCGAGUACGUUGAGAUGUCAGAUGAGAAGCAUCAGAGGACCUGUGAGAGAGAGAUGGGCCGCCUGAAGGCCCGGAAGCCCUUUGGUCGCGCGCAGACCUUUGCUUUUGGUCAGCGUAGCACGAGCCUUCACGAUUCUCCCACGGGACCAUCUCGUCCUCACUCGCGGAACCGCAAUGCUUCUCCCCCUGCUGAUUCCACCACCGACUCGCCCAGUUGCGGUGACCGGGCACAGAGUCGCCGCAUGGCGUCCUACUAG